GCAGGAUUGAGUUUCUCCCAGAAAGGGAUCCCUUUGACCGCCAUAGAUUCGGUUUCUCCUCGCCAAUGACUCACAGAAGCAACGCCUCUGACUGGGAUUAGCACGAUGGCCAUUCCCUUUCUAAUUUAACUUUAAUUUAUACACAGUAAACUCAUGGUGGUGGACGGGGGCUGUGCGAGGUCGCUCCCCGGCGUCGUGAUCCCUCUCCCGGGGAGACAUGGCUUCGUCGUGGUAGGAUGCCUUCGCUGUGGAAACGGAUAAGCUUCUCGGGCGCCUCGGUGCUGUGUGUCGGCUCCGUGGCCCUGCUGCUCGUGGCCCUGUCCACGGAGCGGUGGGUCACCGGAAGCAUCUUGUGCAAAACCGGGGCCGAGAUCGUCAACGCGUCCAACCCCGAGUUGGAUCUGUUCACCGGAGACGUGUACUAUGGUCUGUUCCGGGGAGGGAAGACGAAGAGGUGUGGACUCGGCACCAGACGCUCCAAAAUCCACAUCUUCCCGAAGCUCGUGCGCACGUUGAACGGUGGCCUUCACGUGAUGGUCAUCCUCUUCCUGCUGGCGGCCGUGUGCUUCGCGCUGGUCAGCCUGUCCUUCAGCAUCUACAACGCACGCAGAGUCCCCUACCAGAGCAUCAAGGGUCACAAGGGACUCUACCUCUGGAACGCCAUCGCUGCGCUGUUCGGCACCCUGGCAGUGCUCUGCUUCCUGGCGGCCCUGAGGCACCACAAUCUCACAGAGCGCGUGGCCAACUACCAGGAAAACCUCUUUGUCCUGGUCGUCCUGGACGACAGCGUGGACUGGUCCUUCUGGCUGAGCGUCGCCAGCGUUGCGACGCACAUCGCUGUCUGCGGAGUGGUGGCGAUGAGUCGCAUCAAGCUGCCUAAGCCGGAAGUCAAGAUGCCAGAGGAGCCCACCAUCUCAGCUCUGGACCUGCUCUACUGAUAUGAUGGUGCCAGUGAUGUGGUCUUUCUGAUUUGUCGUCAUAGAUGCUGUGUAGAUUUCCCUCUGCAAUAAUGCCAAGUACUUUAGAUGCGGAAUCACGACAAACACUGCUGUGAUUGGCUGGCCACCAGUCCAGGGUGGACCCCGCCUCUCGCCCCAAGACAGCUGGGAUAGGCUCCAGCAUGCCCGCGACCCUCGUGAGGAUAAGCGGUAGAAAAUUGAUGGAUGGAUGGUUUGCGUUCGCGUCGCUGUUCACACUCAGGACUGGAGUCCACUGGCAGGCGGACCGAGACCCAUCUGUCAGGAGGUUUGGGCUGCCUGUGGGUUCUGGUCUUGGUUGGGUGAACUGCAUCCACACGUGAUUAAACAAACCGUACGAGCAGAGCCAACGGACCUGAGUCUGUUAUAACCGGAGCAUAAAUGGCCAGAGUGGAGUAGGGUUGCCAACUUCCUGAAAAAUCAUGUUUUUGUGUGGGAAACCAAUUUUGUACUAUUUGACACAAACUUGAGUGAAUUUGCUGCAUGGUUUAGAAUGAGUUAGCUUAAUAGUGCAUUUGUGUCCAACCUCCAUCACUA